AUGGCGAUGUCAAAAAGUGCCAACACGUACAACAGACAAAACUGGGAAGAAAGUGAGUUUCCCAUACUCUGUCAAACCUGUUUAGGGGACAAUCCAUAUUUAAGAAUGACUCGGGAAAAAUUUGGCAAAGAAUGCAAGAUAUGUGCAAGGCCAUUCACAGUGUUUCGUUGGUGCCCGGGUGCUCGCAUGAGGUUCAAGAAAACCGAAAUUUGUCAAACUUGUUCGAAAACAAAGAAUGUUUGUCAAACAUGUCUACUGGACCUUGAAUAUGGGUUGCCAGUACAAGUCAGAGAUGCUGCCUUGAACAUUGAUAGAGGGGAAAUUCCCACGUCAGAUGUUGGUCGAGAGUAUUAUACACAAAAAAUGGAAAGAGAGCUGGCAAACACUGAUGGGACCACCCCUGCUGGAGCAUUGGGAAAGGCUCGUGCGAAAAGUGAAAUGCUGAUGAAAUUGGCUAGAACAACACCUUAUUACAAAAGGAAUAGACCUCACAUUUGUUCUUUCUGGGUUAAGGGAGAAUGCAAAAGAGGAGAGGAGUGUCCUUAUAGGCAUGAAAAACCGACUGAUCCUGACGAUCCUUUGGCUGAUCAAAACAUCAAAGAUAGAUUUUUUGGAAUAAAUGAUCCAGUUGCUGAGAAACUGUUGAGACGUUACAAUGAGUUUCCUGAUGCUGACGAAAAUGAAGAC